AGAACCCUGUGGACUUCUGGAGUCUGGACUGGAGUCGACCCUCGACUUCGACGGUUCUCUUCUUCCGCGGCAGCGCUAAACCAAAGGAAAUGGCGGCGGCGGCGAAGAGCGUAUGCGUGACCGGCGCGGGCGGCUUCAUCGCGUCGUGGCUCGUGAAGCUCCUCCUCUCCCGUGGCCAAUACACGGUCCGCGGCACCGUGCGCGACCCUGGUGCUAGCAAGAAUGCUCAUCUCAAGGCGCUGGAAGGAGCUAUGGAAAGGUUGCAGCUUCUUAAGGUUGAUUUGUUGGACUACAGCAGUGUUGCAUCAGCAAUUGCCGGCUGUGAGGGUGUCUUCCAUGUAGCUAGUCCUGUUCCUUCCGGUCGGUCCUCCAACCCUGAGGUGGAGGUCAUAGGUCCUGCUGUAUUAGGAACAACCAAUGUGUUAAAGGCUUGCUAUGAGGCAAAAGUUAAGCGAGUUGUGGUGGUGUCUUCUGUUGCAGCUAUAUUCAGUAACCCUUACUGGCCUAAGGGCAAGGCCUUUGAUGAAGACUGUUGGUCAGAUGAGGAUUACUGCAGGAAGAAUGAGGAUUGGUAUUACCUUUCCAAAACUCUGUCCGAACGUGAGGCUUUUGCUUAUGCAGCAAAAACGGGGUUGGAUGUUGUAACUAUUUGCCCGGCCUUGGUAUUUGGACCCUUGAUGCAGUCUAUAUUAAAUGCGAGUAGUAAAAUACUCCUUAACUAUUUCAAAGGAGAUCGUGAGACCAUUGAAAAUAGACUCAGAAAUAUUGUGGAUGUUCGUGAUGUUGCUGAUGCUCUUCUUCUGGCAUAUGAAAAACCAGAAGCGUCUGGACGAUACAUCUGCAGCUCACAACCAAUAAAAGUUUCUGAUAUGAUAAACAUAUUAAAGACUUUAUAUCCAACUUACCCUUAUCCCAAAAACUUUGUGGAAAUGGAUGACAACUCCAUAUACAGUUCUGAGAAACUUCAGAAGCUAGGGUGGACCUUCAGGCCUAUAGAGGAGACCCUCCGCGAAAGUGUUGAAUCCUACAAAGCAUUUGGCAUCCUGAAUUGAGCGUCCAACUGGGACAGUGAAACAGCAGUUCCAACAGUCCAAUCCCUAUCUGGUUCAUGUAAACAGUGAACCAAAACAUGUUGUUGAUAACAGAUUCAAUAAUAGCAUAAUGCUGGAACUGCGCUAUAUUUUUUUCCAGUGUUAUCUGGGGAUUCCGUACGAAAUGAGCCGGCCAAGGCUGACUUGGCUUCUGGCGUAGUACUAUCAUCCAUAGAGCUAGAAAUGUACUAUCUUGCACUAUUGCACUUUUAAGGCAAUAGUGUGCUGCAGUGGCGAUGGUGAGUGGAGACGUAGAAUCAUGUGCUAUGUCCUGAUACCACUAAUAGAAAAUUACAAGCCAAAUUUGAUGGUGAGUUACCAUUUA